AUGGCAGAUGAGAAUUAUGAUCCCUACGAGGAGUACUACGCGAACGAACAAAGUAAAACUGAAAGACUGGCAUUAGACGAAGAAUUAUUAAAGUCUCAACAACAAGACAUUUAUUUCAGAAGCUUGGUUGAGAAAAUACCGGCACUACAACCUAUAUCUAAAGAUACAAAUACAAGGGGUGUUGUAAGGGGCCGUGAAGGGGAAACUUUGAAUAAUAGCAACAAGAGGCAAAGAUGA